UCCCACCCUUCCAGAUCUGGGAGAACAGAGGCUAGUUUUGGGGAAACGAAGAGUUGCAAUGAAAACACCAACAAAACUGUCUUAAAGAAUGCGUUCCAGAUGCAAUGACACCAAGGGCUUGGCCCCCAAGCAAUCUCCAAGACACAGAAAAGACCAUGGUUUUCAUGAAUCAGGGGAUGUGAAGCAUAGACAGCAAGAUAAAGACUGUUUGAGUAAGUGGGAUGCUAUCCUUUCAGAGCCCAAGUCAGAGAAGCCACGUAGUGGAAAUGGCCACCAAGCGGAUGAUCUCUCCAGAGAUGACCUACUAUUCCUCCUCAGCAUUCUGGAAGGAGAACUGCAGGCUCGAGAUGAAGUCAUAGGUAUUUUAAAGGCUGAAAAAAUGGACUUGGCUUUGUUGGAAGCUCAGUAUGGGUUUGUCACUCCAAAAAAGGUGCUAGAAGCUCUCCAGCGAGAUGCAUUUCAAGCAAAAGCUGCUCCUUGGCAAGAGGACAUCUACGAAAAACCAAUGAAUGAGUUGGACAAAGUUGUGGAAAAACAUAAAGAAUCUCACAAACGAAUCUUGGAACAGCUUUUAAUGGUAGAAAAAUCCCAUAGGCAAACCAUCCUAGAGUUGGAGGAAGAAAAGAGAAAACACAAAGAAUACAUGGAGAAGAGCGAUGAAUUCAUAAGCUUACUAGAACAAGAAUGUGAACGAUUAAAGAAGCUGAUUGAUCAAGAAACUGAGUCCCAGGAGAAGAAGGAGCAAGAGCAAGAGAAAGAGAAGCGAGUCUCUGCCCUGAAAGAGGAGCUGACCAAAUUGAAAUCUUUUGCUUUAUUGGUGGUGGACGAACAACAAAGGUUGACAGCACAGCUCACCCAUCAGAGACAGAAAAUCCAAGAGCUGACCACAAGUGCAAAGGAAACACAUGCUAAACUAGCCCUUGCUGAAGCCAGGGUUCUAGAAGAAGAGCAGAAGGCAACCAGACUAGAGAAAGAACUGCAAACACAAACCACAGAGUUUCACCAGAACCAAGACGCAAUUAUGGCGAAGCUCACCAAUGAAGACAGUCAAAAUCGUCAGCUCCGACAGAAGUUGGCAGCACUUAGCCGGCAAAUUGAUGAGUUAGAAGAGACAAACAGGUCUUUGCGAAAAGCGGAAGAGGAGCUACAGGAUAUAAAGGAAAAAAUUAACAAAGGAGAAUGUGGAAACUCUGGCAUCAUGGCCGAGGUGGAGGAGCUCAGGAAACGUGUGCUGGACAUGGAAGGGAAGGAUGAAGAACUCAUAAAAAUGGAGGAGCAGUGCAGAGAUCUCAACAGGAGGCUUGAGAAAGAAACAUCACAGAGUAAAGAUUUCAAGGUAGAGGUGGAAAAACUCAAUAAAAAGAUUAUGGCUUUGGAGAAAUUAGAAGAUGCUUUCAACACAAGCAAACAAGAAUGCUACUCUCUGAAGUGCAAUUUAGAAAAAGAGAGAAUGACCACAAAGGAGUUGUCACAAGAACUGGAGAGUUUGAAAGCAAGGAUCAAAGAGCUAGAAGCCAUUGAAAGCCGGCUGGAAAAGACAGAAUUUACACUAAAGGAGGAUUUAACUAAACUGAAAACGUUAACUGUGAUGCUAGUAGAUGAACGGAAAACAAUGAGUGAAAAACUAAAGCUAACUGAAGAUAAGUUGCAGGCUGCUUCUUCUCAGCUACAAGUGGAACAAACUAAAGUAACAACAGUUACAGAAAAGCUAAUUGAGGAAACUAAACGGGCUCUCAAGUCCAAAACUGAUGUAGAAGAAAAGAUGUACAGUGUAACCAAGGAGAGAGAUGACCUUAAAAAAAAACUGAAAGCAGAAGAAGAAAAAGGAAAUGAUCUUCUGUCAAAAGUUAACAUGUUGAAAAACAGGCUUCAGUCAUUAGAAGCAAGCGAGAAAGAUUUCCUAAAAAACAAAUUAAAUCAAGACCCUAAUAAAUCCACAGCGGCACUCCACCAAGAAAACAACAAGAUUAAAGAGCUCUCUCAAGAGGUAGAAAGACUGAAACUGAAGCUAAAAGAUAUGAAAGCCAUUGAGGAUGACCUCAUGAAGACAGAAGAUGAGUACGAGACGCUGGAACGAAGGUACGCUAAUGAACGGGAAAGAGCUCAAUUCUUAUCUGAGGAGUUGGAACACGUUAAAAUGGAACUUGCCAAGUACAAGUUGGCAGAAAAGACAGAGUCCAGUCAUGAACAGUGGCUUUUCAAACGGCUUCAAGAAGAAGAAGCAAAGUCAGGGCACCUCUCCAGAGAAGUGGAUGCAUUAAAAGAGAAAAUUCAUGAAUAUAUGGCAACUGAGGACCUAAUAUGUCACCUGCAGGGAGAUCACUCAGUUCUGCAAAAGAAACUAAGUCAACAAGAAAACAGAAACAGGGAUUUGGGAAGAGAGAUUGAAAGCCUCACUAAAGAGUUAGAGAGGUACCGGCACUUUAGUAAGAGCGUCCGACCUGGUCUCCAUGGAAGGAGAAUCUCUGAUCCUCAAGUAUUUUCUAAGGAAGUCCAGACAGAAGCAGGAGAUAACGAACCGCCUGAUUACAAGAGCCUAAUUCCUUUGGAACGAGCAGUCAUUAACGGUCAGUUAUAUGAGGAGGGUGAAGACCAGCAUGAGGAUGCUAAUGUGGACGAAUCUGUGCUGUCCUUCAAAUGCAGCCCGUCUACUCCCUGUCCCGUUAACAGGAAACUAUGGAUUCCUUGGAUGAAAUCCAAGGAAGGCCAUCCUCAAAAUGGAAAAAUACAAACUAAACCCAAUGGCAACUUUGUGCAACCCGGAGAUCUAGUCCUCAGCCACACGCCUGGGCAGCCACUUCAUAUAAAGGUAACUCCAGACCAUGUCCAAAACACAGCCACUCUUGAAAUCACAAGUCCAAACACAGAGUCUCCCCACUCUUAUACCAGCACCGCAGUGAUACCAAACUGUGGCACUCCAAAACAAAGGAUAACCAUCCUCCAGAAUGCCUCCAUUACACCACUGAAGCCCAAAGCCUCGACCGAAGGCCUCAUGAAUUUAGAGCAGAGCAUGUCCCCAGUUGCUAUGGCAACCUUUACCAGAGCACAAACCCCGGAGUCAUGUGGUUCUAUAACUCCAGAAAGGACAAUGUCACCUAUUCAGGUUCUGGCUAUGACUGGUUCAGCUAGCCCUCCUGAGCAGGGACGCUCCCCAGAGCCAAUAGAAAUCAGUGCCAAGCAUGCAAUUUUCAGAGUCUCCCCGGACCGGCAGUCAUCAUGGCAGUUUCAACGAUCAAACAGUAAUGGCUCAAGUGUGAUAACUACUGAAGAUAAUAAAAUCCACAUUCACUUAGGAAAUCCUUACAUGCAAGCAGUGGCGAGCCCCGUGAGACCUGCCAGUCCUUCAACAUCACUGCAGGAUAACCGAACUCAAAACUUAACUAACGGGGCACUAAACAAACCAACCAAUAAAGUUACCAGCAGUAUUACUAUCACACCAACAACUACACCUCUUCCUCGACAAUCACAAAUUACAAUCAAAGAGGUUUACAAACAGAGAAUCCCAAUACGGAUCCCUAAGCCAAAAUCUACAGGCAUCACUAAGAUUUCUAGUACAGUACCUAUGGACAAGCCUAAUCACCAAAAUGGCUGUGGGAAGCUACAUAUCGUAAGGACAGUUACCUCCAGUACUUUCCUUCACAUGGGAGGGAGAAGGUAAGUCAUAUCAAUGCACUGCUUGGACAUUCAUCUAUGGAACUAUUUGGAAACAGAAUAACCACGCCAGGAGGCCACAGAGGAAGGUCCUCAUCUCCAAGAAAUCUCCAAGAAGCGACAAACUGGUAAGACGGGUCACCCACAGACUGAUGGACCUGGUGAAGAUCAUGCCAGCAAAGCAGAGCAGUACAGCUACAAUGAUUUAGCUUCUG